AUGAAUGAAUGCGCGCGACGGCCGCGGGACGCUCGACUGACGACGCGCAUCGACGCACAGGGAUUCGCCAAAUCGCCGGAUGACGUCGUCAUCGUGAGCGCGUGCAGAACGCCCAUCACGCGAGCGAAGCGAGGCGGAUUGGCGGCGACGCCGGCGGAUGACUUGAUCGCCGCGGUGCUGCAAGCGAGCGUGGCGCGAGGGAAAAUUGAUGUGAACGAUGUCGGGGACAUCGUCGUCGGAUCGGUGCUGGGAGCGUCGAGUCAAAGGGCUAACGAGUGCAGGAUAGGAAUGUUUCUCGCGGGGUUUCCGAAGGAGGUGCCGGUGCGAACGACGAAUCGACAGUGCUCGUCGGGGUUGCAGGCGUGCGCGGACAUCGCGGCGGGAAUCAAGGCUGGGUACUACGAUAUGGGAAUCGGUGCGGGAGUGGAGACGAUGACGGCAAAUCCGAUGAAGUGGGAAGGCGGGAUUAAUCCGCGAAUCGCGUCGUCGAGCGACGCGCAAAACUGCUUGAUUCCCAUGGGCAUCACGAGCGAAAACGUGGCGGAGAAGUGGGGGAUCACGCGCGAGGCGCAGGAUACGAUGGCGGCGCGAUCCCACGCGCGCGCGGCAAACGCGCGCGCGAGCGGCAGAUUCAAGGCUGAAAUCGUGCCCAUUCACACGAAAACCGCUCCGGAUCCCAAAACCGGCGCCGGCGGCGGCGCAAACGUCAUCGUGUCGGAGGACGACGGUAUCAGAGAGGGCACAACGGUUCAAUCGCUCGCAAAACUCCCGGCUGUGUUCAAGAAAGGCGGCAGCACGACGCCGGGCAACGCAUCGCAAGUUUCCGAUGGUGCCGCCGCCGUCGUUCUGGCGCGAAGAUCGUACGCAGAGGCGCGCGGCUUGCCGAUUUUGGCGACUUGGCGCUCGUGGGCCGCCGUCGGCUGUGACCCAGCCCUCAUGGGCAUCGGUCCCGCGAUCGCGAUUCCCGCGACGCUGAGUGCGGCGAACAUGACUGUCGAUGACGUCGACCUGUACGAGAUAAAUGAAGCCUUCGCGUCGCAGGCGACGUAUUGCGUCGAAAAGUUAGGGCUCGAUUCUGAAAAAGUCAACGUUAACGGAGGCGCCAUCGCGUUAGGCCAUCCGCUCGGCGCUACAGGCGCGAGAUGUCUCGCGACACUGAUUCACGAGAUGCACCGACGUGGCGCGAAGACCGGUGUCGUCAGCAUGUGCAUCGGCAGCGGUAUGGGGAUGGCUUCGGCCGUGUCAAUCGAUUAG